GGUUAUGCUGAAAUUAAAAAUGACGAUAAUAAGUAAUCUUGUAAGCCAGGGUCAAAAAAAACAAUAAAUAAAAAAGUAAACAUAUAGUAUUGAAUAAAAAUGAAUAUAUUAAGUUGACAAACUCACAUUCCCAACAUCCUGACAAUCACUACUCACUAGUACCAUUACCAUUUACCACCUGUAUUAUAAAGAGAUUCAAAGUAUUAGUAUAGAAGCUUACACUCAUUUUCAGCAAAGAAAAAACAAUCAUGUUCAUGCGCUUCACGUCCUUCACCUCCCAUAUGCAUAAAAUUAAAUGAACACAGAUGACUUCAUGUGAUUUCUACUCUUUUAUCUAAUAAACCUUAACUUCACCAUUCUCUACUUUCUCCCACUAUUACCUCACUACCUUCUCCCACCGCAACUCAUUCUAUUCCUACCCUUUUUGUCCUUCCUAUCUUCUCUUUAAAACUCGUCGAGCAUUGAGGGAAAAGCUGGUAUGUGUGCUGGUGUUUACGAGAGUUAUGAAAUUCGAAGAUUUUCUUAUGACAUCCAAUGAGAAGAAUAGACGCAGGAUUGCUCUCGAGGAGGAGGUGGAGGAGCUGCAGGAAAGGCUAGAUGGGGAGUUACAGAUGAAUGGUGUACUGCGAAAUGCAUUGAAAGGACCUCUUCUUUCUUGUCCUUGCCUUUCUUCAUUGCUUCCGUUGGAGGUGCAGGUGCUUCUAGCAGAAUUAGCAAUGGUAGAGAGAGAAAUUACGUGGUUAGAACAAAAGGUAGAGAAACUAAAGAAGAACCUUCAUAAAGAGUCGAAGCUGAACAAAGAUUUCCAGUUGGGUCAGCCAAGAAAGUAUGUCGAGAUGAAAUUACCCUACAAACAGCAAAACCAAAGAGAAUGUAAAGAUUUAGAAUUGAUUAAGGUAAAACGAAGACAUAACAGGAGAAAAAGUUUAGAAGAGGGAAGGUUAUCUUUCAGCUCUGUUGCAGACAUGCAAACUUAUUCUUUUGCAGCAUCCAAAGAAGAAACUGCCAAGAGAUACCUGAGAAUUACAAGAAAUAAGCCAGACCAUAGCCAAGAUGAUGAAGUCGGCAACGAGGAACCAAAUAGGCUCUCCGAAGAACUGCUCAAAUGCUUGAUAAGCAUAUUUAAAAAGCUGAACCGGACAUCAACAGAAAGUGAGCAAGUAAAUGCUGCUAAUAAGCAUACUAUAAACUGCAUCAGCUCCAAAAGCUUUUCACCCAAAAACACAUUCAGCUGUAAAGCAAGAUCGAUUAUCACUAAUGAUGACGGAACUUCACAAGUUUCUGAUAGCUCAGAAAUUAAUUUUGGCCCCUACAAGAACUUCAUUCAGAUCACGAGAAAUUCGCUGAAGACAGCUCAACUUACGGAAUCAUUUCCUGCAACUAGAAAACUCAGGGUUUUGUUGCAAAAAUUAUGUUCCGUGGACUUGUCAUUCUUGAGCAACAAGGAAAAGCUAGCCUUCUGGAUUAAUAUCUACAAUGCCUCCAUAAUGCAUGCUUACUUACAAUAUGGGCUGCCAAAUUCACAGGAAGGGAUGCUGACACUUCUGAACAAGGCUGCACUAAAUGUUGGCGGAAUAGUGCUGAAUGCUCUUGCAAUUGAGCAUUACCUUCUCCGGCAUCCAAGCGAUCCAAAAUAUAAUCUCACAGAUGAAAAAGAAAUGUUACUACGUCGUGCUUAUGGACUGCGGUAUCCAGAACCCAACAUAACCUUUGCACUUUGCCGAGGCAAUUGGUCUUCACCAGCAUUGUGGAUUUAUACUCCAGAAGAAGUGGUUAAUCAACUAGGUAGAGCAAAAGUGGAAUACUUGGAAGCUUCCAUACAGGUGACAAGCAAGAGAAAGGUUCUAGUGCCUAAACUCCUACAAUGGCACAUGCAAGAUUUUGCAGAUGACAUUGAAUCACUAAUAGAGUGGAUCUAUAGCCAGUUAACUCCAAAUGGGAUACUUAAAAGAGCAUUAAUGGAGUGUCUAUAUGAAGAUAGAAAAGUUCCGACAGGAAAGAUGAUAGAAAUUGUGCCAUACCAAUAUGAAUUCCAAUACUUGCUACCAUAUUAGAGAAAUACUAAGCACGAUAAAGCUACUCGUAGAUCUGAUCCAGAGGCACAAUAACAACAAUACUGCAGUAGAAAUAAUGAAGCACUUGGAUUACAAACUUCCAUGAAGCUGAUAAUCAUAAAAGAAUGGAUUCAUCAUAACUUCCCCUGUUGAUCCUCACAGUAGUCAAAAUGCAAAUUGUUUUUAUGUAACUUGCUAACAAAUUGUUCUAGAAGUCCUAGUAGUAUCUAGAAAGCACCAGUAAAAAGGGUGAAUAUAUUCUAAUGUGGACUCAUGCACUGUCAUAGUAUGUACAUAUCAAAUACAUUAAACAGGUGUACACACUCUUGUCUCAAAUGACGCUGCUAAGCACAAAAUGAGCAAAAGAAAAUAAGUAAGGACAUAAUACACAUUCAGAUGAAUUAAGGAGUUUGGAAUAGGUAGCUUUAGCCUUUAGUCAUAAAUAUUUCAAAGUCCCUUGACAAUAAAUCAGUCCCUUGACAAUAAGUCAAUAUCGAAGUUACAACCUUGAGAUAUUAACAAUUCUUAUUCUUCCAUUUUAACCCCUAUUCUUCCACUUUGUUGCUUCAUGAACAGAGAAUCCUCAUCUUUGGUAUUAUCUCAUCAUCCCUUUAGAGCGAACAGCUAAUCUAACUGACUAGAAUUAUAAAUUUAUGAUUUUUCACUACAAAUUAACCAUCAAUGUAAGAGGGUCAGCUAUGAAGCCAUAAGCGACAUUGAGGUUUUACAAAGCCAUAAGCCAUAAGCUGCUGAUAUGUUAAUAGUUUGCAAUAGAAAAGAGAAGGUUAGGAAAAGAGAGAAGAAUUGUAGAAGAACAGAAUAAAAUAGAAGAUAGAGAUACUGUUGUAUUAACUUAAGAGCAAAAACAUAGGUUGUGUACUUCGAGUUUGAUAGAAAAUACUGGUACCUAAGAAUGAGUAAGCAACCACAAUUGUGACUGAAUCUUAUUCCAAAUCCAAAACAUGUAAUAGUUCAAUAUGCUCAUAUAUCAGAUAGAGUAUAUAGCACCUGCCGGGGACAAAACCCUCAACUAAAUCCUUUGUUUUAGUUGGUUUAUUAACAUGAUUUGAAGCCAACAUGACAGCAAAGGUUUAUAGAUUUGAAUCGAAUUCACCUGUAUAAGGAGAACAUGUGUUGCAUCUCCAAUUCUAGCCAGAAGAGCUCAUAGCAUAUCCUGAGCUGGUUCCUUAACAAUAUCAUCAAACACAACAACGUAGAACAGAACUUAUAUUGCAAUUCAAAACCUAAGCAUGGGAAUUGAACAUAAUGAUAUGCAUUUAUGCUAAUUCUUCUUCUGGUUCUAAAUUAAUUACUUCAUCCAAAUUCAAACAUGACGAGAAGUCGAGAAUGAUCAUCAUGUCAGCGGAUUAUUCUCCUCUACCGUUACAUUAAGCAUACUUCGAAGAACACUAAUCAUCAAACAAAACUAAAAAUCAACCGAUGAAACACAAAAAUCAUACAAUAGCAUCAAAAUUAAGCAAUGAAAUUCUUCAUCAAUGAAGCACCUGAGGGAAGAAAUUAGAGCGAGAAGAUGACUGAGAGUUGCGCAUUUUCAGAACCAAAUUUUCUUUCGAGAAGAUGAGCGAUAUUGAUAUCUUCAGAACCGUCGUAAAGAUGAACACAGAACACCGGUUUCAAUACGAUCCACAGUUGUUGAUCUUUUGCUGAAAAAUUCAUCUGUUACGCCGAACUGUGGGAAUAUUUCUCUUUGAUUGGGAUUUUUCAGUGACUUUUAGGGUUCUUGACGUUUGGUAAUGAUUUUCCGAUAAUUGAAAUUGAAAAUGUGGAAGAAAGCUGAGAGAAUUGGCGGGGAAUGAUGAAAGACGAUGUUACCGUAUCGCACAGACUCACAUGGCCAUGGACCGUGUGUCAUUGUAGGCCGUGUGUAGUUUGCACGGUCUUUGUCGUGCCUGAGUCUGGCACGAGCCUUAUGAUGCUUUGGCAAGUAAACAUUAGACCCUUGGCAGGCUACCAGUUUACGUGUCGUGCAACCAUGCCCGGCCAUAUUGCGCUGAGUCUGUGUUGGGCCUACUAGCUUCGCCUAGAUGGCCAGAUGAGUUAUUUUUCAAUGUGUUUGUGUCUCAUGUUGGGU